ACUGCUAAUUGAAUAAAAUGAUAUAAAGAUUCAUUGAAUUUUAAGAUAAUUCGUUAUACAUUGGAUUAAAACUCAGUUAUUUGAGUUAUAAAUACAUGUUAAAACUGUUUUGUCGUUGUAGGAUGUUUAAAUUUAUGUACGUUGGAUUUUAUAGAGUUUAUUAAAUUACAGAAUUAUGUCUGAGAACGAAUAAAUAAAAAUGAAUAAUAAGUGUAGAUUAUGUUUGAAAGAAUCUCUCGAAAUCGUAGAAGAAUUGUGGGAAGGAUGUGAAAUUUUGGAUCAACUCUCGAGUAGUUUAUCUCAUUACGUGCCUUUGACAAAAGAAUUGCCUAACAAAAUAUGUUAUCCAUGUGUUAAUAAAGUACAAGAUAUUCAUGCAUUCCAUCAGAAAAUUAACCAAAACGAAUUAAUUUUACAAAAUAAUCUCAAUGAUAUAUUAAAUAUUGCAAGUAAAACUAUAAGUGAUAUUAAACAGGAAAAUGAAUUAUAUUAUGAUGAAAAUGAUUCUUCUAAUAUUAAUAAGGAAAGGAAUAAAGAAAAGAUAUCUGUCUUUGAAUUAAAUCUGAAACCAGAGUUACUAGAUACGUCUAAACUAAUAGAUAAUGAUAUUGAAGACAGUAAUGAAAUUUCAUACGAAUUACGCAGUGAAAACUCUUUAAAUAUUGCCACAGAUGUAAAAUUUAAAAAAAGUAAUGAUAAAUGUAGACAUGAAAGUGAACCAAACUGUGUUAGUGCUGAUGAUGUGCCGUUAAAAGAAAAUAGAAAUACAAUUAAACCAUUAACAAAGAUAGACGACUCAAAGAGAUAUAUGUGCUUAACAUGUUUUGAAGUAUUUCUUAAUCAACGAGAAUUAUUACGACAUUACCAGACUAUAGAAUUAGAGAAGUUUAACGAAAAAAAUAUUGAAGUUGAUGAAAAGAUUGAGCCCAUUAAAUAUCAAUCCGUUAUGUCAGAAGAUGGUACUUUAAUGUAUAAAUGUGAGAGAUGUUAUAGGAAAUAUAUACACAAAGCAUUUAUUGAAAGGCAUAUCAAAAGUCAUAUCGAAAAAAGACCAUUUUUAUGUAAGCUAUGUGGUAAAACAUAUCAAACAGCAUCAAUUAUUGUAGCUCACGGCAAGAUGCAUAUGGGUGAAUUAUAUGCAUGUUCAUAUAACUGCGGCUACAGAUCCGUACACAAACAUGUAGUCAAGGAUCAUGAGAAGCGUCACAGGAAAGAAUAUAAGUAUAAAUGCGAAACAUGUGGCAAAGGUUUUCAAGUGAGGACAUCUUAUGAACAGCAUCAGAAUAUUCACAAGGGCAUCAAACCAUUCUCAUGUGAGAUCUGCGGCAUGACAUUCCAUUUGCACAAAUAUCUCACAACUCACCGGAGCAACGUACAUCCGCAAUCGUCCGGUCGUAAGCCGUGGGUUUGCAAACAGUGCUCGCUGCCUUGUGAUUCAAAAAACAGCCUUAAUAUACAUUUGAAGGAGAAGCACGGUGUUAUUGUAAAAGUUUCAAUAUUAUGCGAUAUCUGUGGUAAAGUCGUCAGGGAUACACAACAGUUGAAAUCUCAUCAAAGAAGUGUCCAUCUAAACAUUAAACCUUACACUUGUGGUGUAUGUAACAAGUCAUUCCCAAAGAAGUUCACGCUAAAGGUUCACGAACAGACACACACCGGGAAGCUAUAUGUGUGCAAUGUGUGCGAUAAAAAGUUUUCCAGGCAGAGCAGUCUACAAAGACAUUUGCAACGUUUCCACAUUGAUUCAAAGCUCAAAUGUCAGAAAUGCGAAAAAGUAUACACGACGAAAGUUAAGUUGAUGACGCAUAACAAAAAAUGCUCCAAAGACAUUGAAGAUACGGCAGCAUCGUUGUAAUUUUGGGGCACACGUGUCGGUCUCGGAUUUUACGCAUCAAUAAAUAAAUUAUACCAACGCGUUAAGUGUAGCUUCAACUUUAAUAAAAGUUCGUUAUAUAUUUAUAUGAUAUGAUGUUUCUUAUGAACUAUGUUAUAUUACAAGAUAUUAAAAAAAA